CGCUGCUCCGGGAACGCAUAUUAAUGAGCGGAAGCGGAACCGUCGCCAUUUUGUCGCGGCGGAGGGAGAAAACCGACGGAGGGAGCGGAGGGAUUGAGUGAGUGAAGUUACUGGAGCUCCACCACUGAUGAAGAUGCCUCGUGCUCGGCUCCAACCAACUGUUGACAAGUAGCUGGUGAUUUGCCCUCACCCCCCCCUUCCCCACCACUUGAGGGUAGCUCUCCUUUUUCCUCUGUCUCUCUCCCCCACCCCACUCCCUCCCAGUUCCCCUCUCUCCCAGUUCCCCCCCUCUCUCUCCCUCCCUCCCUCUCCUGGUCCCUCUCUCCCCCCCUCCCGGCCCCCAACUCCUCUCUUCCCCUCUCCUGGCCCCUCCUCUAUCCCCCUCUCCUGGCCCCUCCUCUAUCCCCCCUUCCCCCCCUCUCUCCCCCCUCUCUCUCUCUCUCUCCCCCCCCUCUCUCCCAGCCCCCCCAACCCCUCUCUCAGCCCCCUCUCACUCUCCCUCAUCAUUCCAGCCCUUCUCCAUCAGCAGCUAUUUCUUGCUUUCCUCCUCCUCUCCCUUUCCCCACACCUCUCCUCCCCAUCCAGCCUGCCAAGAUGUCAACCUCUUCCCUCCGGCGUCAGAUGAAGAACAUUGUCCACAACUACUCUGAGGCCGAGAUCAAGGUGAGGGAGGCCACCUCGAAUGACCCUUGGGGUCCCUCCAGCUCCCUCAUGUGCGAGAUCUCAGAUCUGACCUACAACGUGGUGGCCUUCACUGAGAUCAUGGGGAUGGUGUGGAGGCGGCUGAAUGACCACGGCAAGAAUUGGCGGCAUGUUUACAAGGCGCUGACGCUGGCCGAGUACCUGGUGAAGACUGGUUCAGAGCGGGUAGCCCAGCAGUGCCGUGAGAACAUAUAUGCUGUGCAGACCCUGAAAGACUUCCAGUAUAUCGACCGUGACGGCAAAGACCAGGGCGUGAACGUGCGGGAGAAGGCCAAGCAGCUGGUGGCCCUUCUAAAGGACGAGGAGAAACUGAAGGAGGAAAGGGCACAUGCCCUCAAGACCAAGGAGAAGCUGGCACAGGCUGCCACAGCCAGUUCCUCUGCGCCAUCAGCCCCCUCAGCCACCCUGCGUGGGCCGCCAGACAUGGAACAGGCCUGGCCGCAGAGCUCGGGCGAAGAGGAGCUUCAGCUUCAGCUGGCCUUGGCCAUGAGCAAGGAGGAGGCCGAGCAGAGAUCACCUCCAGUCCAUGGCGAAGAUUUACAAAUGCAGCUGGCUCUCAGCCUCAGCAAGGAGGAACAUGACAAGGAGGAGAGGCUACGGAGGGGAGAUGAUCUCCGUCUGCAGAUGGCCAUUGAGGAGAGUCAGAGGCAGACUGCACUCACCUCAACGAAAGAUAAGAACUCCCUGAUGGACUUGGCUGAUGUCUUCACAGCCCCCCUGGCCCAAGCUCAGGCCGCUGACCCCUGGGGGGCACCAGUCUCGGAGCCGGUGCCACCUGGGCUGCCUGCCACGGACCCCUGGGGAUCCCAGCAGACCAGCAUUGCUGCCACAUGCGAUCCUUGGGGUGGCGCCCAGCAAGCGCCCGGUCCUACUCCUCCUCGAGGGAACUCUCCCGAUUCCUGGGAUGUUCUGGGUGCACCGCCCUCGGCUGCCCCUCCCUCUGAGACCUGGGCCCCACUCCCUGCACCAGCCACUGUGCCCACCGGAGACCCCUGGGCCCCCAUUCCAGCGGCCAGCCCGCCUGGCCAUACCCAGGCACUGCAAGACCCCUGGGCACCCAGCAACUCGCCUCCAUCCAUGGUCCAGGGCACAGGUCUUCCCCCUUCUGACCCCUUCCUGGCCUCCCCCAUCCAAGACGAUUUCUCUGAGUUUGACUCUCUCCGGAGCAGUGCCAUGAGAGUGGAGCCAGUUGCAGGUGAAGCACAGCCACGAGCCGAGACCAGCAGCCCAGACCUGUUGGACCUGAGCGGACUGGGCCCUGCCCUCCCUAGCACCCAGGGGGGCACCAUUCCACCCGUCACACGCAGGACCCCUGAGUCGUUCCUGGGACCCAACGCCGCCCUGGUCAACCUGGACACCCUGGUGUCCAAACCCACGCCUAGGGUCUCCAACCCUUUCCUGAACUCAGGAGGUCCCAGCACUGCCUCCUCCACCAACCCCUUUGGUUCGACAGCCACUGCUACCCCUGCUAUGACCCUGAACCAGCUGAGGGCCAGCCCUGUCCCCACCCCCACGCUCUCCCCCCUGGUGGGUGCCCCACUGCCCCCUGCCACCAGCCUCCCUCCCACCGCGCUGGGCUCCCAGAACGGCUUUGGGCACCCCCCAGCCGGGACCACUAACCCCUUCCUCCUAUAACUGGCACCCACCCCCCCGAAUCCGGGACCAGAGGGUGAGAGAUUGCAGGAGGUUUUAUGGGGAUCAGCCUCUGUACCCAGUUAUGGCCUCCUCUCAUGGGUUCUGGGGUCCCACCCUCCCCCAUCUCUCCUGCCCCUUCUAAUCUGAGGAUCUUUCCCACAGCCCUCCCAGAUGGGGUAAUGGUGCUAGAAACCCUGAGUUGGACCCGCAAUGGGAUUAAACGUGUUUAAUGAACUUCCCAUUCUCUCUGCCCCGCACGGGUUUAACACCCCCCUCCAACCUCCCUCUCCCUGCAGUCCCACCCACUUCCCUCAUGAGGAAGCGAAGACUAUGUGGAGAGUAUUUCAUUGUGACGGGUGAGAACAUGUUCAAACAGACAAACUACAUUGAUCACCGGUUUCACUGUCUUCCACAGCACAGCUGUCUCCCCUUCCUCUCUGGGGUUGAACGGCGGCAGGGAACAUGCGUUAGAGGGCAGCCAGCAAGUGGACAAGGGUCAGAGGGCAAGUUUGAAAAGGGACCCAGUGUACUUAAUCACCGGCCAUCCCUUCCUGAAAGGUGGGUGGGGCAGAGUGAGCCUCGCCAGUGGUAAUGGCGCACCAUUGCAACAUGCUAUUUACAUAGAAAAGCCCACAGAGGGCAGGGAGCCGUGUGGCACCCGGGUGUAACAUUUCAUGUCUGUAUAAUCGUGCGCGCGCGGGGGGCGGGGGGUGAGAUCCUUCGGUUGAGAGAUUCCGGCAGGGAGUUCGCUGUGAUCACCAUUCCUUUUCUAGAACAAUGAAAAACUUGUCUGUGGUAAAUCCAGUGAUGUAAAAGGAAUUUAGAAUUAAUUAAAUCAGAAUCUAUAUAUAAAUAUAAAUAUAUAUAUAUAUCUA